UUUAAAACUUACUACAGUAUUUUAAAGUCUGUUAUCUGAGGUACAGGGAACCAGUGUAAGAACUUUAGAACUGGAGUGAUGUUCUCCAUUUCCCUGUUUUUAUUGAGAACUGGACCGGCAUCGUGCACUCAUUUCUGCACCUGCAGUGCAGAAGUCGUGCUAAGAUAAGGCCACGAACCGGAAGGAUCGACUCCGCCCGGACUGAAAUGAAAGGCAAAGAGCGGUCGCCGAUUAAAAAACGGUCCCGGGCCUUGGAAGAUAUUCGAGACAGGGGAGGAUGUCAUCCGACCAGCAAGAAAAUGGGGGCUCUGUCCGUUUCCAGCGGGAGUAAUAAUGGGAACAGCUCAACAAAAGGCGACGGCGGCUCUACGAGACGGAGUCUACUCGGUGAGAAAAGAGAAAGAGACUUCGACGGCCACGGCCGGACUGGAAAUAACCACAGCUGUCAGUCCGCUGCGGGUAAAAACCACAGCCUGAGCCUGACGCUGGACUUAGCCUCGCCGAGGGGCGUCUCUUCGCGAGCGGAGCAGCGGAUCCAGCCGCCCAGCGCGGAGAGUGAGUACAAAACACUGAAAAUCAGCGACCUCGGCUCCCAGCUGAGCGACGAGGACAUAGAGGACGGACUAUUUCACGAAUUCAAAAAGUUCGGCGACGUGAGCGUCAAGAUGAGCCGCAGCAGCGACGGACGGAUAGCGUUUGUGAAUUUCAGAAAGCCGGAGGACGCCCGAGCCGCUAAGCACGCCAGGGGCCGGCUGGUGCUCUACGACCGGCCGCUGAAGAUCGAGGCGGUCUACGUUAACCGGAGACGGAGCCGAUCCCCGGUGGAGAGGGACCUGUACGUGGCGGCUCAGAGUCACAGACAUCUGCAGAGACCCCUGUCACCCACCGGGCUUGGAUACAGAGACUACAGGCUGCAGCAGCUGGCUCUGGGACAGUUGCCCCCGCCCCCACCGCCGCCCCUGCCCAGGGAUUUGGAGCGGGACCGAGAGUUUGCUCUGUUUGAAGCCAGGGCGCGUCCCGCUUUCAUUGCAGAGCGGGCAGCGUUCAGAGAAGAGGAUUUUAUCUCCCCUGAAGACGACCAAAGAGCCAACAGGACGUUGUUUCUGGGCAACCUGGACAUAUCUGUUACGGAGGCGGACCUGAGGAGGGCUUUUGACAGGUUUGGGGUCAUCACGGAGGUGGACAUAAAGAGACCCACAAGAGGACUAACCAGCACCUAUGGAUUUCUGAAAUUUGAGAACCUUGACAUGGCUCACCGUGCCAAGCUUAGUAUGUCUGGCAAAAUAGUGGGUCGCAACCCCAUAAAGAUAGGUUAUGGCAAACCCAUGCCCACCACUCGCUUGUGGGUGGGGGGACUUGGACCCUGGGUGCCUGUAACUGCUCUGGCCAGAGAGUUUGAUCGCUUUGGGACAAUAAGGACCAUUGCCUAUAGAAAAGGGGACACUUGGGCUUACAUUCAGUAUGAAAGUUUAGAUGCUGCACAAGCAGCUUGGACACACAUGAGGGGUUUUCCUCUGGGAGGACCAGAGAGACGGCUCAGGGUGGACUUUGCAGACUCUGAGCAUCGCUACCCGCAGCAGUUCCUGCAGCCUCUCCCCUUAGCGCCGUUUGACAUGGUGGCCGAGUCAUUUGUUCACCGUGCCACGCCCGAACCUCUUCGGGUCAGAGACAGGACUCCUCCACCACUUCAUUUCAGGGACAGAGAGCUCUUCCCUGGAGCCGACUGGCCCAACCCCGCCAUCCGGGAACGGGUGCGGGCCUCGCCCUUUGAGCCUCUGGAACAUUUGGAGCGGCGGACGAGGGAGCCUUGGUCUCUGGAACGAGAGCUGCAGGGACGAGAACCUGUACGCAAGCGGCGUGCCGUGGAGGAGGGACGCCAUCUGGACCUCUCCCCUGACAGCACCGAGAGGACAGUAAGACGUAGACGAGCCUCCCCAGACGGGAGUCCCGGCAGCAGCAGCAGAGAGGGGGGGCGUUUCAGUGAUUCAGAGCGCCCCAUGCGAGGCGAGAGAGCCUCUCCAGUGAGAGAACGCCAAAGCAGCCUGGAGCAGGUUGCGACAGAACGCCGGCUCAAGGGCCAGGGUGUCUCUGAUAAAGGACCUUCAGGUGGUGCGGGGGCAGCAGCUGGAGAACGCAAGCGUAAAGCAGUUGACGGUGGCAAAGGGCCGGCCAAGAGAGAACGCUCCGAAAGCAGCUCCAAGGGAGGUCAGCCGUCCAAGCUGGACGGCGCCAAACUCGGUCUGGCUUGGCAAGGCAUGCUGCUCCUGAAAAACAGCAACUUCCCAGCCAACAUGCACCUGCUGGAGGGCGACCACAGCGUGGCCAGCGACCUGCUGAUGGACAGCGCGACGGGGAGGCAGGUGAGCGAGCUGAAGAUCACGCAGCGUCUCCGCCUAGACCAGCCCAAGCUCGACGAAGUGUCCCGCCGCAUCAAGGUGGCAGGUCCCGGCGGCUACGCCAUCCUGCUGGCCGUUCCCGGUGCCACGGAGGAGUCGCUCUCGGACUCCGCGGCCUCGACCCAGCGGCCGCUCCGCAACCUGGUGUCCUACCUCAACCAAAAACAAGCAGCCGGAGUCAUCAGCCUGCCCGUGGGGGGCAGCCGGGAUAAAGACAACGCAGGGGUCCUUCAUGCUUUCCCCCCCUGUGAUUUCUCCCAGCAGUUCUUGGAUUCGUCUGCCAAAGCUCUGGCAAAAAGCAAAGAGGACUAUCUGGUCAUGAUCGUGGUUCGUGGCGCAUCAUAAAAAGUGACCGUACACUACAUGAAUGAAGCGGCGAUUAGAGAAAAAAAAAAAAUCUGCUGUAUGUCAGUAAUUAUUGCAUGCUGUGUGUUCUGCAUCCUGGGGUACAGUAGUGUGCUUCUCCAGUGUUUGAAUGUUGCCAUAUAACCCACUAAACGGACAAAAGGUGCCCUUCGAUACAACUAAAAGAUCUUUUUUUUUCUUUUUUUUUUUAAGUACAUUUUAGUGGGUUUUUGAACCCGAUCACAAUCACAAACCCGCUGUACUAUCAGCCUUGUGGGGUUAAAUAUCGGGGCUGUUAUAGAAAUUCAAUCGGUUCAAAUCCAGUUACAUCUAUGAGCCUUUAGGUCAUUUUAUCAUUUGGUUCAUUUAUGGGUUUAAAUGGUUACCCAUCCAGUUAUAAGCAUAAUAAAUGUUGGACAUUCAAUUAUUUUAUACGAUAACACCACCAUUACAGUUAAUCUACCGAUUUAAAACGAUAUUAGUUCAAUUUAUUUGAAAAUGUCCUAAAACCGUCAUGUCCAUCUCUAGGCUGCUGUGCUUGACGUCAUCGGUCUGUACUGGUGGUGUUAUUACAACAACUUUCCUCCCUGGUUGUGUGAACAUUCAUGACCUACAGUACAGUAACAUGUUGCAGUUUAAAAUUGAGCUUUUCAAGUGUUGAAAAGAAGCUGAGCAUAAUUCCCCCCCCCACCUCUAUUUCAAGACAGAAAAAAAAAAGGGAAAGUCAAUUGGUAAUGUCGACGUUUAAAACAAAUCGCACAGCUCUCCUGCAGUUGAUCACAUUCCUGUUAAAUGUACUACCUGAAAUAUUUAUGUUGCUUCUACUGAAGUCGUUCGAUACGUCUUGGAGUGUGAUUUACUGAAGCAGUGUUGUGCAGGGUGUUUUAAAGUCGAAUAAAAUGUUUUGUCUGGUGCAAAGGUGGAGGACAAUGUGAAGGUCGACAAUAAUACAGGUCAAACAUUUCACUGUAUGGAGUCUCAUUCGUGCUUUUUCUUCGAGGUUAUUGUUCCAACAUUAGAGGAUCUGUUUUAAAGGCGUAUGCUUAAAGUUUUUUGUGAAGUGAGGCUUCUAUUCGCCACAGAAAGAGGCCACAUCGCUUUAAGUUUGAAGAAAAGUAAAAAUGUUCCCUAAAUCUGUGAAAGUCUUAACAAGUUGGAUGGGCUCGCCGUUUUAACUGACUUAGCCGUCCAAAACAACCCAAACUUGAAAUGUUCAUAUUUGUGGGCUGAAUUAUAUCGGCAGGUUUAAAACCCUCUAAACUUUCACAGGGGGGCUUUGAUCAGAUUUUUUUCCUUCUUUUCUCAGUCAAUUUUUGUCUGUGCUACUGCGGUAAGGGUGUGCUGGCUGGUUGGCUCUAUUGGUCCACCAGGAUUACAUUUGCCAUCUUUGACACUUCUCUGCUCAUCCCGGCAUUCAUGCAAAACGUUAGCACUUCCAGUUAGACGCACUCAAAAUUUAUACCUGCUAGAGGUACAAAUAAUUUAAUGUUUUACUUUUUUUUCUUUUUUUUUUUUUUCUUAAAAUAGGAUUCAACAGAUACAAACAUGUUCAGUUUGAGUUAUUUUAAAUAGGUAAAAUCAGCUAAAACAUCGAGUCUUUUGGUCUGUGCUAGCCUUUCAUGAUGCUUAGGAUUUUUUUUUUUAAUUUUUAAUCUCACUGUGAUGUCACAUUGCAAACUAUUAUUGGCGAAGGAGCCUCACUUCAAAAAUAUUGAACUAUUCCUUUAAGAUUCAUCAAUAGGAACACCAAAUUUCUACAAUAUCUGUGAAUUUCAGUGUCUCCCAUUGGUCAAAUAAUAGUUGAAUGCAUUUUUAUUCUUUUAUGGAUAUCAUAGAAACCAGCCCACACCUGCUACUAACAGAAAAUACUGAACUUUUCUUGUGUUUUUAAUGUGUUAUCCUUUUGUGCAUCCUUGUUUUGCUCGGAGAGGAUCUAGCAUUGCAAUAUAUAUAUAAAAACUGAAGUACUUAUGGACAAAAAAAGUUACAUUUUUGUGUUUAUAGUUUUAUUUAUUUCCUUGAACCGGUGACCCUCCCCUUUUUAUAGUAAUAAUUAACCCAGUAAGUGGAUGGUACAAACUAAUAAACCUGCUAUCAGUACAGCUACUUGGUUUUAGCAGUGGUUCAACAGUUAAUGUGGAGUUUAAUUUUAGAAGUAUAAAAUUACAAUAACUCAUGCCUGCCAAUAUGUUUUUAUUUUUCUUAGAUCUUCUUACCACAGUAUUGUUUAGACAAUUUUUUUGUUGUUGUUUUUUUGUAUUUAGUCAUGCAGUAGCGACUUGCUAGGAAUUUUCAGAUUUUUAUUUUUUUUGUGUGUGUGUAAUGAAAACAUUCAUGUUCGCUUGUACACUUGGACAUCACACCCACUGAAACUUCGGACUCUGGAAGACGCAGAGCUGCAAAAACCUCUGUGGAGAGAGAGGGGGGGAGAAAAAAGGCACCGUUGUAUGUGUGAGUCCUCGCUGACGAGGAAGCUCUUUAAGUUGUGUAAGUCCAUCCCGCACCUGUGAUGACUUCUGUUUUUAAGUGGGGGAAAAAUUGAGCAAUGUACGCUUUGAUGUCAUGGGGGAAAAAGGAAAAUCCGUAGUGCCCAUGCGAAGCUGUUCACGUAACUGCGAGUGCAUUUGGGCGCCUGAUGUGACCGAUUGUCAAUAAAUUGUUCAUGUGAAGGGAAAGUGUUUCUUCGAUGGAAGUGAAUUGACGAGAACGAGCUGCGGUGCCUUGUUGUGUUUCCGAGGAGUUUUGUUCACUUGAAAAUGUUUGUUUUCUGCUCGUGAGACGAUUCGCAAGUCGUUUAGCUCCAGAGAGGAGAGACCAGAGUUCCCCCCCCCUCCCCUCCCAGAGGAUCGCUGUUUGUUUAAACGAGGCCGGUUCUGGUUGUAACUUACUCCCGCAACUGUUCCUAUUGACACGCAAAAAAAAAAAAACACCUGAUCAGGACGGAUGGAGCCGCAGCCGCCAGCACUUGUUUGAACCCGGCCUGCAGAAGCAGCUUCGGCAUCACCGUGAAGGUCUCCCCGUGCAUUCGGUUCUGGUUCUGAACAGAAGGCAGGAGAAUUGAGAUUGUGACAACUCUGAAAUUCGCAGAGCAUCGACAGAUCACUCGGUCUCCCUGCGGAGAUUUGGGUCCGAUUCGUCUUUAUCGCACUUUGCCCAGUUUUACUCAGAUUUCCCCCGCUCGUCAGGAAAGACGAUUGGCUCAAACGUCAGCUAGGAAUGCUGCCGCUGGCCUCUCCUCUCCUCCCCGGAGGAGCCGUGUUGAACCGGUACCACAUCAUCAUCUGAGGUCAGCCGCAGCACCGGGGAUGAAGCACGCACGCCUUCGCUGGAAGGAGCAGAGGAUACCAUUCACUGAAGUUCCGGGAUCACUCUUUCCAUGUCAAAAGCUUAAGUCCACACUCAGCUACCAUCCAUUUUAGCUGAAUUAGAGU